AUGCACUUUGCUUCCAUCUCUUUUCAUUGCUGGUUCUUUGUUCCUCUGCCGGUUCUUUAUUCCUCUUCUCCACCACCACAUCAUUAUGAGAUGUCUCUUGAGAAACUGAUGCCAUCUAGUUUAGGUUCUGGAUUGGAGUAUAGAUUUAAACUGUUAUUGAUUGCGCUUCUAGGCUCUCUUCCCCCCUUCCCAUUUAAAGUUUGCAUUCUGGAGAAGGCAUAUGAUUCUCUAGUUGUAAUGAACACGCGGAUCUAUCGGUGUCUGGGUCGAGUCAUCGGUUUUGGUCCAAUACGGCACUGUUUUGGUGCCAUCGAAGCAAGGCCCAAACGGUGCCGUUUCACUAAUAUAAAUGCCAUAAAAAACCCUAAAUCAUUAGUCCCCCUAGCCACUUUAGACCCGAAUCAUUCCCCUCUGCCGCCUCCAAAUGUGAAACCCCUCUGGCCUCGAUUUGAACGGAGCGAACAGGGCUUCAUUGGCGUCCUUGCGAAGGUACGAUGCCAGCCUGGAGAAGGUACGUGUGGACCUGGCGCGGAGGCGCUGCACGCGCAGGAACGCAACAUGCGCAGGAGGAGGCUCAGCUUGACUGCAGCGGCUAGAGUUUGCAGAAACCCUAGGGUCUCUUGUUCUCUUAUGCGGGUAUUCAGGCUAGUGGGCUUAAGUAAACGGGGCUAAGUGCAAUUGGGCCAUUUGGGUUUAAUGUUCUGGGCCAAUGGACUAAUUUUUGUGUUUGGUUUAUAUUUUUUUUUUAUUUUGAUUUGAUUAUGGGCUGGGCAAAUUGGGCCUAUUACACUAAGUAUUUUGAAUAUUUACGGAAUAAAAUGAUUUUAAUGCUUUA